UUGUCAAUCAAAAUGAUACCUAUUUCUUGUGUUUUUUGCCUUAUAAUUAUUUUAUUCUUUGGGUUGUAAAUAUAGGUAGUCUAUUAAUAGAUUUUCCUAAAAAGUUGUAUAAUAGUUACAUUAUAAGUAAAAUGACUUUAGUGUUACGAAAGUAUUUGAUACCAAAAAAUAAAUCAUUUACAUAUAAUUUAUGCAAUGUAUUUCGCCGAACACUGAGCGACAACAAAGGUAACGACAAUCCAGAAUUCAGUAAUAGUACAAUUUUAGUUGAAAACGGAUUUAACGUUCAAGAGCUUCCAGUUGUAGUGAGAAGAUGGAAAAAUAUUGAAGUGGAAGAAGAAGCAAUCGCACCAAAAGGUAAACAUGAAUCAAUCAGUUAUCAACUUAUUCAAUCAGAGUUUAAUCAAUGCCUGGAUCUACGCGACGUGUUUUCUUUGUUAUCAAAAUGUACUAAGAUAACUCCAAAUAUUGCCCUCGGAGCUAUGGAAAGGAUACAUUAUCUGGAGAAUAAUCCAAGCAUAACAACAGGCAAAGAAUCAAAAAACAUGCAUGUCAAUUUAGCAAAAGGGGCAAUUUUAGAUAAACUGAUUAAAGUUGUCAUAAAAACGGAAGAUACUCAGACUAUACUGAAUGUUAUACAAUCAACAUCCACAUUCCUGGAGCCAUAUAAGCCUAAGUUUAGUGAUGAACUUUUAUUUCGAACACUUGACAAUAAACUGAAUAUUGAGCAAAUUUGUAUAUUUCUUGCAUUUCUUAUAGAAAAUAAGACUAAUACUCAGUAUGCUACUACAAUUGACAAACUGUGGGUUGGUUUUAUUCAAAGAGAAGGAGAUAUAAAUGAGGAAAAUAUUGGACAACUGUUUUCUGUAUUGACUGGAUUGAAAGUGAGCAAAAGGAUAUUAUUAACAUUGUUAGAGCAGAAGUUAUCCCAGUUGUGGGAUAAAAUAAAAGUACCAGUAAUGCUAGACAUACUGAGUGCUUUUAUAGAAGAGAAGUAUUCAUCUGUGCAAACAUUUAAUGUGGUAGGUACGUGGCUGCAUAUGAACAUACACACUUUGGAUGAAGACUCUUUGCUAGAUAUUAUAACAAAAAUUACCAGAUUAAAUUACACAGAUGAUCAAAUUCAGAAAGCAGUUGAGAAAUACAUGAGGCUCAGAGGUCCUAAAAUUAAAUCACAUGUAAUAAUUGUAGGAAUUUUAAAUUAUUGCAUGCAUUUCCACAUUCAAAGUGAGCAAAUAUUAAAAGCUUCUGCAGAGUACUUUAUUGAGAACAGCAAUUGCUUGCCAGCAAGUUUUUUGAAGUCUUUCAUUUACCCCUUUGGCUUUUUAUCAUAUCCUACAAAAGACAGGUUUUGGGAACUGGCAGAAGACAUAACUUAUCAGAAGUUUUAUAAUAUAAGUGCUGAUAAUUUGUCUUCAAUAAUUCUAUCAUUCCUUUAUGUCGGGAAAUAUCCAUUAAAGUUAGUGAAUAGAAUUUGCAGCCCCGAAUAUUUGGUUAAGGUAAAGCCAGAUAUUUAUCAGAAACUACAUUUGAUUGAUACUGUUUUAUCACUAGAAUGUGAUGAAUAUUCAGGACCUCUCCUGCCUAAAGAUCAUUGGAACCAGCCAUUAAAACAAGAUAAUAGAGUAAAAAAUAUGGUUGACAAGAUCAUGGAGUAUAUCAUAGAAAUGGCAGGUGAUGGCCACAAAGUGUCUGCAGCUGUAUUACUGCCACAAUUUUGUUCAGAUGAAACUUAUCUUGUAGAUGUUAUGAUAUAUCCAGUUGAUUUGGAAAUAAAUACUCCUAAUUGGAAGUCAAAAUCUGUGAAAAAUGAAAUUAAAGCUGUGCUUAUCCAUUUGCCUGAUCAGUAUUGCUCUGAUAAUGAGCAGCUAGUUGGUCCACAAAUGAUGAGGAAAAAACAUCUGAAGAUCUUAGGAAUGCAAGUAGUCAGUCUAAAAUAUUCAGUACUUAGCCAAUUUUAUACUUCCUAUAAUAAACAUGGUUUGAAGCAGUAUCUAGCAGAUAGCAUACAUAGUUCAGAAUUAUGUUAAUUCAUUAAUCUACUGGAUACAAAUAAGAAUUAAUGUACCUUAUUGUAUAUGUGCCAAUAGUGCCUAAAAUAAAUGUGAUAAUUGUAUUUAUAAUAAUUUAUAAAACCUCUUAUUUUGUUAAGCAUAUGAUGAAACAUGUAAGUAAAAAAGUGUUACUUGUAAGUACAAAGGAUAUGUAUUUAUUGUGUACAUUGCAGUAACUAAAAAUAUACAAAUUAUAUUUUUCUAGUCUUUAGAAUUUGGGUGUAAAGUUUUCAAAUAUUCUGUAAUAAAAUUAUGUAUUUAUGAAAA